AUGAGGCCAUUGCAUGUUGCAUUAAAUAAGCGAUCUCCUGACAUGAACAUUGUCAAUUAUCUUGUUGAAGUUAAACGUUGUAAUACUCAUGGGAUAACCACUUAUUAUAGGAAGGCUAGUAGUUACCUUCAUAUUCAUCAAUCCAGUGGUAUAGCAUUAUUACGUGUUGUUAAGUGUAUAUUGACAGGUCCUCCUGGUGCUGGUAAGAGUACAUUAAAGAAGAGACUCCUCAAUCAAUCUCUUGAUACAGGUCCUUCUCUUAGUACUGGUGUAAUUGAUGCAGCUGUACAAGUUAAUUCAUUUCGUAAACUAUCACAGCACAAUGCAGUAGUGACUACAGAAUGGAAGGAACAGGAACUUGAUGAAGAAGCUGUACUGAUCACUAAGAAACUAUUACCAGCAAACAACACAUCAAAUGAAAGUACUAGACCUACCGCACCUCUUGAAACAUCAGUUGAAAGUACUGGUAUACUUCAACCUACUUCAGUGGAUGAGACAGUAGGUCUAACUUCAUCAACUGAAAACAGGCAAGAAUCACCAGAAGGAAUUGAUUUGUCUCCUAUUACUAGUCAACAAGGCAAUAUCAAUGUUUCUACAUCUUCACCAGUGUACAUGGAAGCAGCAGCAAUUGACACAGUUGUCAUUGAUGAGAGUUCAAUUAUGGAGCAUGAAAAUAUACCCAAUUCACCUGCAAAAAUAGUGAAUUGUGAGGAAGAAGAGAGUAAUACUGAAGUACAAAAUAGCAGUUCAGUAAAUGAUUGUGUCAAAGUAGAAGGUCUGGAGGAUAUUAUUAUCACUGACCUUCAACUGGUGUUUGAUCGUAUCACUAAUCUCAUCACUACAUACUUUUCUUUUGAACAGUUAGGUAGUGCUGCUGUGGAGAGAGAGUUUCGUAAAAAUGGACACUUUUCAGAGUCACAACUAGAUGAGAUGUCAUCAAGAGAGAAAGGUGAUCCUCUUAAUACAAAAAGAUUAGUAGCACUACUAAAGCAUCUUUAUAUUGUAGCUGGCCCUAUGAAAGAUAAAGUUGGUAGAAAAACUGUCAAGUAUUACUUUAUGCCUUGUGCUCUAAAACCAGCAGAUGUAGAAAGAGAGGAGAGAGAUGGGUCAGUUAGUCCAGGUCCUUUAUUGAUAUGUUUUGAGUGUGGGUAUACUCCUGUUGGUGUAUUCUGUUGUCUAGUAGUGUAUCUUCUUGAUCAGAAGACAGACCAAGUAUUGGAAUGGAAGUUAACUGGAAAUGAUCAAUAUCGUAACAGGAUUACCUUUCAAGUUGGAAAAUACCAUGAUAAAGUUACCUUAAUCAGUCAUGCUACUUACCUUGAAGUCUGGGUUCAGCAAAUAAAAGGCUCAAAACUGUUGACAAGUGAUUUACUGUCAUCAUUACACAAAGGACUAGUCACAGUCACACAGUCACUCCAUUACACUUACAAGUCAAAGCAUAUGUUUGGAGUACCAUGUACAUGCACUGCAGUACCUCAUCCUGCUGUGAUUGACUUUAAUGAAGAAGCAACUAAGUGUGUGAAUGGAAGAAUAUUGGAGUUUAAUGAGAAGCAAUUGUACUGGUCUAAAAAGGUUGUUGAUCUAAAUACUAAAAUUCAAAAAUCAAACACAAGCAAAAUACAUCUACCAUCUGGUAUUGUAGCAACUUCAGAAAAUGAAAUUCUUCCAAGAAACAUCUUUCAAAGCCACUUGGCUAACAUUACUGAUGCAAUUUCAUCUGAUGUUACACAUGUUGCUGUUGAUCUUUGUACUAAAUCAUUAAUACCUACAACUUUAAAGAAUGAUCUUUCAUCGCUUCUUGGUGUAUCUGACUUUGACAAAGCCAACAGGAUCACUAGCUUCAUUCACAAGCAUAUAAUAUCUAAUCCUACAGUUGAAGCUGCUGAAUAUCUCACCACUGUUUGUAAUGUGUUAUAUCAACAACAUAACAUAACAUUAAGAAACAUUGCUGCUGAUAUUUGUAAGGAAUUAGGCAAACCAAUUACAAAAGGCAAGAAAAAAACUAAAAGUAAAUCUUACGCUAGUGAGAGAGUACAUAUUGAUGAUGAUACUGCAAGAGAAAGACAAUCGAAAGAUAUGCAAGGAGAAAUGUUAGUAAAUAAAAGAUUUAAAUUAUCUGAGCUAUCUGAAACAAAUGGCAACACACAAUCUUCAAGCAAUACUAGUAGUGUAUUGGGACUUAGAAGACACAGUGAAGAUGAAUCCUCUGAAUCUGUUUUAACAAAUAAAAAACAAAGAUUUUUGUCUGAUGAUGAUGAUUAUCCUCCUCCCUCUCCUCUAGAUAAAGGAUAUGGUAAAAAAUCAACUGGAAAUAAACCACACAGAAUAAAAACUGGACAGCCCUCUGAUGAGGUUAGAAAAAGAAAACAAAAUGAAGGUCAUGAUGGUUCAUCAAGAAGUAAAAGGUUUAAAAUAUCUGGUAAUGACACCACUGCAGAAACAACUAUUGAACAGGAAAGCUCAUUGUCUCAUAAUGCAGAUAUCCUGUUGGAAAAGAAGCCACAAAUGAGUGAUCUUAUUAGGUUAUUUCAAUCUUCUGAUGCUCAUUAUAUGCUCAUUGGGGCUGCAUUAAAUGUUCAAGUGGAUGACCUGUUACCUAAUCCACAGUCAACUACUAGUAAUCUCAUACUAGUGUUCCAGAGAUGGUUAGUCUCUGAUAAAAAUGUGACCUGGAGAAAUAUUCUGCAAGUUUGUGAAGAUUAUCCUGAUAAGCUUGGAAAAGUAAAAUCUGAUGUGGAACAAUUUCUUUCAUCAGAUAGAGCCUGUACAAAUUAUCUUCAAUAAGAUAUCAACUGGUUCUAAGAAAUAAUGCAAGCUACAUAUGGUAUAUACAUUUAAAUUAGCUUUACUUUCAUAAUUUUCAUUUAUAGAUAAAUUAUAGAUAUAAUUUCAUUAUAGAUAUAGAUACACACUAUCACUUAUCAUUAUACUUUUGUCACUUAACAUUUUUGUUUAUAAAUGAUAAAACCAUACAAUUUUGACAUUAAAAAUAUUAAAUAUAAAUUAAUGUAAUCAUAAUAGUCAUUUCACAAAUCA